AUAUAAUGUAGCGAUUCAGUAUUUAAACUGUAUUUAAUAAAAGUCGUGGGGCAAUGUUGACAAGUUUUUCUCCUGGAUGUGUGAGCUGCGCGAUUUCCGAUACGUGUGUGUGUCAGCAUGCAGCAAAAUAUAAUUGGGAUUGGCCCUAAAUGUCAGAACGAGUAACUUCAGUCUUCAAUGUGAUGAAAGACAAAACAUUAUCUUAAGCUGAAUGCUGAGCAAAUCAGUGGAAGAGCGUCCUACUAUUGAGGAAGGCCUUCAGGCAGUCAAAAGUUUCGAUCACCAGUCUGAUCAAAUUGGAACCACAGACAGCUACAGCAAUAAGAAUAGAAAUAAAGACAGGGUCCAUACAGAGAAUUGCAUUCAUCAAGCAAAAGAUGAGAUGGACGUCCCAGAGAAUCUGUGCAGUGAUGUGACUAAUUCAUAUUCCCACACUAAAGAGGAAUUAUCUGAGUGUGAAAUGAGCAACACAGAACAACAGAUAUACCCUUUCCUGGAAACGUCAGAGAAAGAAGAAAAAGCAAAACAGGCACAAUGGAAAGUAGCAGAAGAAAAAGCUAUCCAAGGAAAACUGCUUACAAAGGCUAGGAUGGAAUUGAAUGAAUACGCCCAAGGUUGUGCAUCUCUACAACCAAAUGUGAUUAAAGUGAAAGUAUCCUCAAACACGCCACGUCAACGCAUCUAUGACAAAAAGAAUUUCUGCCUUUACUGUGAAAAACCUUAUGCAAAAAUCACAAGACAUCUGAUUCAGAAACAUUCUGGAGAGGUCGAAGUUGCAAAGGCACUGUCAUGUAAGCAAGACUCAACCAAGCGUAAUCUUUUUUUAACCAAAAUAAGGAACAUGGGAAACUACCACCAUAAUAGUUCAGUCCUAUCCUCUGGAAAAGGAGAGAUCAUUCCAAAAAGACAAGCAACAUCUGUGUCGACAGCAACUGACUAUCUGCCUUGCAAGUUUUGCUUUGCUAUGUAUAUCAAAACAGACCUCUGGAAACAUCAUAAGCGUUGCAAAUUACAAGUAAAAGACAAAAUGCCAGUAAAGCAGAAGGUUCAGGCAAGCUGUUCCCUGUUGUUGCCCAUGGACUCAACAAUUUCCAGUGGACUUCAAAAAGUAAUUGAAGACAUGACGUUUGAUGAUAUAACACAGGUGGUAAAAUCGGAUCCGUUGAUUCUGUCAUUGGGUGAGAGAAUGUUCCUCAAAAAUGGAGAAGUUGGACGACACCGGGCAGAUAUUAGAAAUAGGAUGAGGGAACUUGCCAGACUUCUUCUGGUGGCAAGAGCCAUCGACAAGGACGUAGUUGCUUUAAAGGACUUGAUCAACCCAGUAAAGUUUAACACAGUACUUGAAGCUGUGAAAAAGAUGACCGGUUUUGACAGCUCAACAAACCAAUUCUCAGUUCCUUCAACAGCACUGAAACUGCGACGUUCCUUUGUCAAAGUGUCAUAUAUUUUACAAGGGGAGGCUUUACGUCAAGAGGAUGAUGCUUUAAAGGGAAGAGCAGAGCACUUCAGCAAGUUAAUUGAAUUGGAAUGGACAAUCCAUGUGCCAUUUAAAAAUAAAUUGAUGUAAAAAUUAAUACAGCAGUCAUCAUUUACUCCCAACAUCUGAGCCGCUGAAGAUGCAGUGGAUUACACAUUUGUUUCUGAAGAGCAUGCGCAUUAAUGGAAACAAGAUUUUAAAGGAUAAUGGAAGAGAUUAGAAAGCAGUUAAAUACUUUGUGCACAACAGAAUAAAUUCAAUAAAGAGAAAUUUGGAUCAACAGUAUUGAGCCCAUAAACCCUGAGAGCUUGGCUGUAGAGUAUCAAUGUUGAGUCAUAACUGUGCUGGGACAUUGACAGUCCAUGUAAAUGGAGUACCAGUGCAUCAUAGCAUUGAAAUGAUUGACUACAACUGUUUUCAGUUGCUGUUUGGGCUUCUGUUUUGGAAUGACCAGUUAUAGCUUUGAUGUAAGACACUUUGAAAUUGCACUAUUUUAAACAUGUUUAAAAUACUUAUUUUUAAAUUUUCAAUUAGAUUUUUUGUUUUACUUUUUCUUAUACUAUACAAAUUUUAAUAUAAUUAUCUAUAUUAUUAUUUCCUGCGAAGCAAAACGCACCUUCUACAUAAAGUUUUACAGAUUUUUUUAUUAUUAUUAUUUAAUGGUAUUGUUAUUAUUGUUGUAUAUGUAGCCACUCAUCACUGAGGGUAAAAAGUCUGCAUUACCACAUGGGGGCUCUUUUAGAGAGAUUAUGAGAUUUUCCAGGUGAUAAAUUGGAAAACCAUUUCUGUUGUCAGGAGUGCAGCAGAAGCAAGUGACAAACCAUCGGUUUAGGAGUGUGUCUGGACUUUAAAUAAAGUUUGACUUGAUUUUAUUCAAAAUGCUGUAGUUAUGUUUCUUUUUCAGUGUUUUUUUUUUAUGUUUACAAAAUAAUUUUCAAUGAAGCAAGUCAGCAUAUAUAUGUGUGUGUGUGUGUGUGUGUAUAUGUAUGUAUAUUACCUCCAAAGAACCAAAUGGUCAUCUGUUUUCUUUCCUUAACAUUAAUGUAAAAUGUAAAUUGUUAAAUGUAAAGCAUAUUCUGACUAUUUCUGAAUGUUAUGACAAUGUUGAUAAUAAAAAUGGUUUAAAAG